AGUAUUCCAAUCAUCAAACCCGACCAUCUCAGCACCACAACAAGUGACUCCAAAAGCAACAGCGACAAACCAGCUGUUGUCUUGUGGCGAAAAAGGAGAAGCCGGACUAAGACGCCGAAGUGUGGCUCUGUUCAUGGACAGUAGAAGCGAAAGACUCGGCAUCAGCUUCUGCGUCUCGGGGGCGCGAAAGCGUGUAGCCAUAUCACCCGGCCUAGCCUCUCUCCUAAAUGGAAGCACAUCCAAAGCUACCAUGAAACGUAAAGCCUAUGACGCACUGCCGGUAACACUAGUGGGAGAUCAGUCCUGCAGAUUAGUACGAUGCCGUAACAAGACCAUCGCACUAUUGGAAUGGGCCGAUGACACCCCGUUUGUCCAGGCAUGCUCAUGGCUCACUACGCUUGGAGAGAGAGCACAAGAUAGUAACGUCCCCAAGAUAAUAAGCGUAGACGCAAUGGUGAUCGAGCAUAAGAAAGGUGAAAUUGUUGACCAGCUGGGCUGCCUAAAAGCCUCAAAACAACACGAAAUAGUUGUGUAUGAGGACAGAGGUGAAGACCUAAGCUUUCUCAGUGGACACAUACCCGUGAGGAACAACAACCACCAACAAACUGAAGCGGUCACCGGAUCAGAACGCCUACAGGAGAGGAUGGCUUCCGAGUCCGUAGCUGCUGCUGAACAGCAGGAAAUAAAUAUGAGGAUGCAGAGCCGAAUCUCGCAGGGGCGCGCACAAGGGUUCCUUCAGGGAUUCAAAUCAGCUGCCCAAAGCCUUAUGGGGAAACCACAGAGGAAACCUGAGUGGCGCCAAAUCCCCAAAGGCCCCAUCCGAAAAAGAACGGCCCAAAGAACCAUAACAAGAGCCGACAUGGGUCAGGUGGUCCCACCGAAGCUAAAAACAGCAACCUCCCCUAAAGAGCAUUUGGAGAAUGCCGUCAUAGAAUUUGUGGCAAUAACAACCGCCACAAAGCAGUUCCUACAAAAGGCAUCCACGACAUCGCACCAUCUUUUGCUGGGUCUACCCCUGCGCUGA